AUGAAGUUCGGGCGAAACCUCCCGCGCAACCAGGUCCCCGAGUGGGCAGCCUCAUACAUCAACUACAAAGGGCUCAAGAAACUCGUCAAAGCUGCUUCCGAAAAGGCAAAGAAUGGAAUCGCGGUGGAUCCUGCAGAGCUCUUCUUUGCCCUUGACCGCAACCUCGAAGAUGUCGACUCUUUCUACAACAAAAAAUAUGCCGACGCUUGCCGCCGCGUCAAUCUCCUCCAAGACCGCUACGGCCGCAUCCCCGAUGUCGUCGCAACCCUUGACGAGGAUGAGGUCGAAGAGGUCAUGGGUGCGCUGCUCGAGCUUCGCACCCUCUUGCGCAAUAUCCAAUGGUUCGGCGAGAUCAAUCGUCGCGGUUUUGUCAAAAUCACCAAAAAGCUCGAUAAAAAGGUGCCCGGCAUUGCCGCUCAGCAUCGCUACAUCUCCACCAAGGUCGACACCAGGCCCUUUGCCAAAGACGGCAGCACCUCCCGUCUUCUUGUCGAAAUCAAUCGCUGGUUGUCUUCUCUGAGCGACGCGCAAAACGUUGAUGACGCCAAGUCGGAUCGUUCUACGCGCUCCCUAGGUCGUGCUUCCACCAAGGCUAUGCUAAAUCUGCCGCAGGCACAACUCGAUAUUCUUGAUCAGGCAGUGCGAGCUGAUGACGACAAAGGCCUCGACGAGGUCAUUCACAACACUGUCACUCCGUCCGAGCCUGCUUCGCAAACAUUGAUGCUGAACUUGCUUCAGAGAUCCAUUUCGGCUCGCGCAAAGAAGUGCAUUGUGCUUUUGCUGGGCCUUAUCAAGCAUCUCGAUGAGCCUGACGAUAUCAACGGUCGCAACUGUAUUCACCGGUUGAUUAUUCACAUUGGCCGAACAAAGUCUGCUGCCAAUGUGGAUGACCGGCCCGUGCCAGCCGGCACGCAGUUUUCUACUCGGCACUUGCAACCCGCUGUCUCUGCCGCUGUUACCAUCAAAGCCAUUAACACCAAGGAAUCGCAGCUUCUCGACAAGAAUGACGAAACUGUUCAGUUGCUACUCUUCCUGCUUGACAACCUCAAACCUGAACAGCGUAUUUCUCUGCGCACUCGCGACUCGUUCGGCCGCAUGCCUCUGCACUAUGCUGCACAGGCUGGCUUUGUUGUACUUUGCCAAAUCCUCAUGGCUCGCAUGCAGGAAUGGGACCAGUUCGAUGUCAGUGAUGGUAUCGACGCCCCUGAAUGGCAGGACAGUGAGGGUUAUGCUCCUCUGCAUCUCAGUGUCAUUGGUGGCCAUCCUCUCACCACCAAAUCGCUGUUGCAGGGUGAGGAUUGGCAGGGAAGCAAUAAUGCUAAGCCCGCGCUACGAAAGAUGGUUGGAAAAUCCGGCGCUGUUCUUGCUAUCGCGACCAAAGCAAAUUACUGGGUUAUUGUACAGAUGCUGCUUGAAGCUGGUGUUGACGUCAAUUGGCGCGAUGCGACAGGCGAGACAGCCCUCCAUGUCGCUGCCCGCUUCAAUCACCGUGAAUGCGCCGAAGUCAUUCUCACGGGUACUGAAUCUCAGAAAGCAGAUACGGAGCUGACUGAGAACUCUUACUCUUGGACACCGCUGCAUGUGGCUGCCGUAGACGGCUCGCUUGAUGUUGUGCAGCUCCUGAUCGAGGCUGGCGCGCAGCUUGCUAAGCCUGAUGCGUCCGGCUGGACGGCCAAAGAGCACGCUGCUCUCCGCGGUCACAUGGACAUUGCGCGGCUCCUUGGCUCUUAUACGGAGGAGGAAACUGAGGAAGCGCCCAAGCGCCCAGCUGAUCAGGGCCUGUCUUCCAGCCCACCGGAGGCUUCGUCAAUUGAUGGUCGUCGGUCGAAUGGAACGGCUAUCAACGGUCAAGCUCGUCCUGUCGAGUCUGUCAAGACCUUUGGUCAUCGUUAUCUCCGCAACGAAAGCUUGGUUUUGGUCAGCCUCGGCUCCAUGGAUCUGCGUAAGAGGACAGAGCCUGUCAACCUCGAUAGCAUCCCGCUCAACGAGGCGCAUAGUACGCAACUCGACACAGCACUAUCGGUCGUUGUCUCUGCCACCGGAGCAGUUGGCGAGCCUACCAUCAUCGACUUGCCCGUGCAUGAUGGUAUUGCCACCGAACCUGUAGUCUUUACCACUGGUGAUGCCGAGAAGGUAAAACUCAUGUUUGACAUUGUGCCCACCUAUUCCGGCAACCAGAAGGCCAAGGUUGGGCGUGCCAUAGCUCUUCUUUCAUCCGUCAAGCCUACCAUGGGCUCUGGUCGCAUGAACCUGCAAGGUGAUGUUUGCGUGCCGAUUAUGUCGAGCAAUUUUGACGUUAUCGGAACCGUAAACUUCAACUUUCACGUCAUCACACCUUUCCACCACCGCAACAUGGAGAUUACAUCCCGCCAAACAUACUGGAAGAAACUCGAGACUACGAUGCUCAUCGGUCACCGCGGUCUCGGAAAGAACGCCAGCUCCAAUAAAUCUCUGCAGCUCGGUGAAAACACGAUUCCUUCCUUCAUUGCCGCCGCCAACUUGGGAGCCCAAUACGUCGAGUUUGACGUUCAGCUCACCAAGGACCACGUCCCUGUCAUUUACCACGAUUUUCUUGUCAGCGAGACGGGUAUCGACGCGCCCGUGCACACUCUCACGCUUGAGCAGUUCUUGCACAUCAACCCUGACACGCGCCGAGCCGAUGAGCGGGCCAAGCACGCCGACUCUAACACGUCCGGCUCUCGUGUCCGCAGCAGCAGCUUCGCGCCAAAGCGCUCGCAGUCGAUGGGCUUUGCUGGCACCGGGGCCGGCUUCGGCGAAAUGGAGGAGCGCAUGAAGCACACGCGCGACUUUAAAGAAAAGGGCUUCAAGGCCAACUCUCGAGGCAACUUUAUCCAAGCACCGUUUGCCACGCUGGAGGAUCUAUUCCGCAAACUGCCAGUGCACAUCGGUUUCAACAUCGAGAUGAAGUACCCGAUGCUGCACGAGACGGAGGAGCACGACAUGGACACCUACGCUGUCGAGCUCAACUCUUUCUGCGACACUGUGCUGUCCAAGGUCUAUGAUCUUGCGGGUGAGCGACACAUCAUCUUUAGCUCAUUCAACCCGGAUAUUUGCCUGGGUCUGAGCUACAAGCAGCCGUCGAUCCCCAUACUGUUCCUCACAGAUGCUGGCUGCAGCCCCGUCUCGGAUAUCCGCGCUUCGUCGCUGCAGGAAGCUAUUCGAUUCGCCAGCCGCUGGAAUCUGCUGGGUAUCGUGUCUGCGGCAGAGCCGCUCAUCAACAGCCCUCGGCUUGUCAAGGUUGUUAAGGAGAAUGGAUUGGUGUGUGUAAGCUAUGGCACACUUAACAACGACUCUAUCAUGGUCCAGCGACAAGUAAAACAAGGUAUUGAUGCGGUCAUUGUCGACAGUGUCUUGGCCAUCCGCAAGGGCCUCACCGCGGGAGAAUCGACAGGCACCGCUAUCGAAGCAUCGUAA